GUGGCUGUAAGUGUUACACCUGCUGCACCACAGACCUUCGGUUUGUGUAGUCUAAUAUUCAGAAAGUGCGACUCAUUUGAUGAUGAUUAUUUUUAGUUACCGACUACAAACAGUAACGUGACCAGGAGUGAUGGAAAUGUAAGUCAUAAGAAGCAGCCGAUGAGUGGAGUCGAAACUGGAUGCUGAUACUUUCGUCAACACAACACCUAGGCGGACCGAGUCCCGCAUAAAAAUGGCUCAGUCUCCAGGAGGAGCUUCAUUUAUCACAGCCCUGAUACUGUCUCAGCCUUAUAAACUCUAUCUGAACCUGCUGCACACGGACGACCCGCAUUCACGUGAGUACAUGACAGAUUUACUGAUAUACCAAUACGGGCUGUUAUUUUUUGUCCGUAUCACAGGAGAGAUAAUCCGAUUUCAUAUGGCAGAUUAUAAAGGUUUUUUUUUUUAGGUAGGUCUUUUAUUCCCUUGCUUUUCUAAACAAGUCUUUCUCGAUUGGAUCCAGAUCAAACAGAAAACUUUAAGCUGUACUCUUUGCUAUUUUUGCAACUUCUUCAAUGUUUUUUAUUUAUUUAUUUAUUUAUUUUUCCUUGUAUCAUCAGGAUCGUGAUGGCGAAUAAAUCCCGGCUCAGUCAUGAGGUGACAUUUCUGCUGCUUUACUUAACCUGCUGCGAGAUCAUGCAUUGUGAUGGAUUCACAGGUUGGUCCUUAUAUCUCCUCAGAAAUGUAUGUAUUCGUCUGUAGAUGUAUUUGUUUGUGCUGUGGAGAUCAUUUGUAGAUGCUGCUUAGAAGUCAUUCACUACAUUCCUGUUGGGAAUCCUCAUAAAUCACAAUUUUAAUCUUAAAUCCCCCUAAAAUUGAAAUCAUAUAGCCUAUUUAAAACACUUUGCAUGCUUUGAUUUUCCUUUUUUCUUUCAGUCAGUAUAGUCAUUGAGCUCAAUGUCAAAAGUGAAAAUUUCAUUUUCUCACCGAGUCCUCAGCAAAGACAGGGUAAAGUUGCAAGGCAUGACACGAGUGUGCAAACAUGCCAGGUGAAAGAACUUUAACACAAUGUGCGAAUAAAAUAAAAAAACGGUUCAUUUGCAGUUGACCCUCCCAAAGACAUUGUGAUAUCAGACCCUGGUCUUCUUGGAUACCUUGACAUUACAUGGACCUCCCCUGCCAGCCUGGAUGAUAUUGCAGAGUGCCAAAUAUUGUAUCAGGUGGAUUACUUCAACACCUAUAAGAACAGCUGGAGUGUAAGUACAUACCUUAUAUUUUACUUGCUUUACAAGCUGCUAAGACUAAUUAUCAUUGUCAUGUCCUGUCAUUAAUACCAAACACUGACUGAUUGUAUGAUUUAUAAUCAGGGUUAUAUGCACGACCCCACAGAAAUAACACUUCAGUGCUAACAAUUAGGCAGGCCAGUCUUUCAAAGGUCCAUAAGGUAUAAAAGCCGGCCGGUCAGUCUUGAUAGAUUUUUUUGUUGUGUCUGUCUGGCACCUGAUCUGCAAACAUGGCAAUAGAUGCAAAUCUUGAUUCAGUCUUUCCAUUGUUUUAGAGCCUGCCGGCAUAUGGUUACUAUAAACAAUAAGGAGUUGUUUUACAAUUUUAUCCUCCCUUACUCAUCAUCAUGAGUCAUCUGCAAUUUCUGAAGAACUAGAGCGUGGUAUGGUGGGUUUUAAACCUUCUAAAAGCAGGAUUUAAUCAGUAGCUAUGUCCACAGGUAGAGUUUGGAGCCAUUAAGUUCAUCAGGUAUCAUAAAAGUGCAACAUGUUUAGAGGUUUCAGAGAAACCCUGAUUUGAUUAUGGGAAGAGAAUGUGCUCAAAGCUCAGAUUUUAUGCAGCUUUAAGGCUUUUUGAGUUGUGGAGGCAAGGUUUGCCUGUAAACAAUCUUUUUUUUUUUUUUUUUAAACCGUUGGUUCUUUUUUUCCGAAUAGGAAGCCUACCCCUUCAAAGAGCAUCAUUUUAGGUUGUGUUUACUAGCUGGUUUUGCUCCCCUCUCCAUAGCCAGAAUCUUCAUUUUCUUCUUUUUUCAGUCAAGAUGCCUCAAGUCUGAGACAUCAGCCUUUUUUUUUUUUUUUUUUAAACAAAGCCCCCUUUAGUCUAAAAAGCACGUUCUUGCCUUAAAAGGUAAGGAUCUAUCUUGUUUCUGCUCUCACAGUGACACAUACGAUUACAUAAUAUUAAUACUACAUGGUAGUGAUGGUAGAUUGAUGGUAGAUUGAUGGUAGUGAUGACGACAAAACCAUCUAGACAACAAUGCCAUAUGACAGAAAAAAUAAGUUUCUCCUUCACGGUAUCAAACAGUUAAGACUGAUGUUGUUUCAAGCAGCUAAAAAGUCUGAAUCAUCAUUUUAAUUUUGACACUUUGACAGGUAUGAACAGUGUUUAUGUCUUCAUUUGAGUGCUUCAGGACAUAAUCUCAUUUGGUAAACAGCUUUGAUAACAGAUCUAUUCUUCUAGCCAAAUUGGCAGACAACACCUAACCACCAUGGCACACACCCAGUUCAAGCAAGAGUCACUUUUUUUCCAGAUACAAAAUGUUCUCUGUCUGAGACACCUCGUGAUGAUAGUUAAAUCGGUGCAAACGAAUAAAACAAAAGAAACUGCCAGACAUAAUCUAAAUUAAGGGGUUGCAUCUCUUGAAUGGCAGGCUGUCAGGACGCCUAGAAGGAAGUACAGUGCCCAGUUUGACCUGAUGAAAGAUAUCAGAGUGAGAGUGUACACCUUGCUGAGUGGACCCUGCACCAACGGUACAUUGGUCAAGAGCACAAACUACACUGAGGUGGUCCAGCAGCCUCUUGGAACAGGUCAGUCCUGGUUGUUUCUACUGAUAAAAGAGUGAAAAUAGGGUUCAGAGUAUAAGUAGACACUGAUCGAUUUUUCUCCUCUUGUCCGCUACAAGGCAUCACGGGUACAGCAAUUCAAAACUUCAUUUGUGUGUACCAUAACAUGAUCUACAUGGAGUGCAAGUGGGAGCAAGGUCCGAAGAUGCCGGCAAACGCACAGCAGAAACUGUAUUUCUGGUGAGUUUUGUGCCAGUCAGAGACCCUUUUGGCCGGGGAAGGUUUCAUCAAAUCCAAUAUGGUUUUGUAGACCAUCAUAGUUCUCAGAAAGUGAACCCUAAAGGCUUGAGUGAUCCACCGACAGAGGUUGUUUUUGAAUACAAUUGCUCAACAGAAUUAGUCUAGUUGUUUUCACAUUUGGACGUUUAAGACUCAAGAGGUUGAAUUCAAUUAUCUGAGACAUAACUCAUUCUUGAAUUUUCAUCCUGCGCAACAAGCAAGACACAGGCGCGAUGGCCUCAUUGAGACGUCCUUUUCAGGAAUAAUCCACACUAUCAACAGCAAAACAAUGUCAUCAGCUCUCAUCAAUUCUGCAUAAAUAGAUGGUGCCUGUUUCAGCAGUGUGUCUGUGGACUGUCUCAUCUCCAGGUACAAGGGUCUCGAGAAAGUGGAGGAAUGUCCGAAAUAUCUGAUUUCAAACGGAUAUAGGAGCGGCUGCAACUUCACAGGGAUAUCUCUUCCAGAUUUCACCAAUAUCAUCUUCUGUAUAAACGGCUCCUCCCCUAAAGGACCCCUAAAGUCAACAUACACCACUCUGCAAAUCCAAAACCACGGUAGAUACCUGUUCAUCUCAGGUAGCUUAUUCAUGCCAGUUUCCUGAGGAGGAUAUCAUAAUUGUUUUCAUGUUCUGAGGUUUUUAAAUCACCUUUGCUGUUAUCGCAUCUGCCUUUUCAGCGUGUAACCUGUCAUUACAAUGUUUUUUUUCCAGUGAAGCCUGAGACUACAGAGACACUGUAUCUGAAGGCAGGUCCAGACAAGCAGCUGGAGCUACACUGGGACCGUCCUGUUGGCCGUAUUCCCCGACACUGCCUUGAAUGGGAGGUGGAGCACAAUAAGGAGGGACCAGAUGGAAAAACUGCGCUGGUACGGAAGACUAAACAUGUAGACUUUUCUAUCUUCAAAACAUAACACACCCACUGUACCUAUUUUUAUCACCCUGCAGAAAACAAGAAUAUGUUCUUUGUAGAUUUACAGGCUGCAAUAACAUCUUCGAACACAUUUAACUAGCUUUAGUUUUAAUCCUAAUCCUUUAUACAAAAUAAUCCUGGAUUUAGUGUAACAUUAAUCUUGUUUCCCAAUGUGCUCUUGCUCUGUCAUUUAGUCAUUAUCCUUGCUUCAUCAUUCACUCUUUAACUUUUCACUGUUGGGGUUGGGAUGAAGGGUAGGGGAUGAGGUGGGGCAGAGUUGUGUAUUCUUUCUUUCUUUUGUAUUCUUGUGUGUAUAGAGCGCUUAUUGCUAAUCCGUUGUAUGCAAAGUGCUACACAAAUAAAGAUUGAUUGAUUGUAGAAAGAAGUGCAGUUGUAGAUUAAGAAAUAUCUGAUGUCAACACUUGAAUUAUGUCUGUUAAUGUUGGUCAGCCAGACAAAACAGUGCUGACAUUUUUGACACUUUACAAGCCAGGAUACUUGAGCCAGAACAUGAUCUCACACCAGAUUUGAUGAGGUACAAUUACAAUAAUUAUACAUCACAGGACAGUUAGACACAUUCAGGGCAUGAAUUUUCAUGCCACAGCAUUCACAUACCACUUUAUUAUCUACCUGAUAAAGAAGAAGAAAAACAUUGAACACCUCCGGCAUCACAGAUAUAAAGCUGUAUCACACCUGCUGUCAAAAUAAAGGAGAUGUAGAUCUUGGCACUAAAUGAACUCUGUUCCUAACUUUACAACAUUCAGAUGUCUUUCUUUCCUUUUGUAUUAUUUACAGGAAAAGACUUUGACCAGACAGAUAAACCUCACUCUACCCUUCAUGCACAACAUGAGAAGCUGCUUCAGGGUUCGUUCCAGAUUGCAUAAAUACUGUGCAGACAAAGGGUUUUGGAGCCAGUGGAGCCAUCAGACAUGCAGUACAGGUAAUAAAAUAACAGUCCACCAAGUCAUCCUCUACACUUUAUUAGUAGAUAAAUGCAAAUAGAAAGGAGCUUGAAGUCUGCUUACCUUAUCAACGCAGGUUCAUUAUGAAAACCAGAAAAAGAAAUUAUGUCCAUUAUUCAGCCUGUUUCUGUCUCUAUGAGAUUUAUUUUCAUUUAAUUAAGCCCUUGCUUUAAAUGGUGUGACGUUUCAUAGUUAUGGGAACUCCAACUUAGAGAUUUGAUGGUUCUGAGUCUAAAUUCCUGCAAUUUUGAAGGACCUUAAAAAACAUUAGUGGGUGACUCCAUUACAAACUAAGCUGUAGGGUUUUUAAAGAGACAUCAUCCAACCUUAGUGGGAAAAAUAACUUGGUGGAUUACUCGCCCGAAGGCCAAGAUGUUGUCAUCUAAUGUAAGUAUUAUUCUCAUCAUCUAUCAAUUGUAUUUUUUGACUUAUGGUGUCAUGGCUAUUUCUGACAUUUGAAAUUACUUUUAUCAGCUUUGAUUUUGGUUGAUAAACUUUAGAAGAAGAGGAUUUUUAUCAGAUGUAGAAUCAGAGAUACUUUAUUUUUUCCCAGGGGCAUUACAGUUGCUCUGAUGCAGAAAGUAAGAUUAAAGAUGAGUAUGAAGCUAUAAGCUGGAGGUAGAAUAUAUAAGUAUGUACAGUUUGAGUUCAAAUACACAUGUAAAAAAAAACAAAAUAUAGAGAAAAUUUGAGAUGUAGAAAAUAAGGAAAUGUUUUGAAAUAAGAAUAAAUCAAUGUGUGAAAAUGCGAAGAUGUAAAAAAUGUGGAUUCCAUAAGAUUUAUUUUAUGAAAUGUUAUUUUAUGUAGAUUUGCAAAUACAGUAUUACAGCAUACAGUAGUUAAUUCUGACUAUGAACUCUAGGUUGGGUUCAUCUUUACAUGUUUUUGUGUCCUAAGAUUUUGUAUUUAGAGGAUGUUGCUGAAGCCAGAUGUGUAAUUAACAAAACCAUGAUCCUGUAAACACACACACACGAUUGUGUGGGAUUUCUGCCAGAGGGCACACAACACAUGUCAAAUGCUGGUAUUAAUAUUUGAAAGUUACAUGUGUCUGGACAUUCAUAAAGCAGAUACAUACAGGUUUUUAGGUUUUUUUUCUUCAUGUUUUAUUAAACCGAGGUGCAUUUGUUGUUGAUUUAUAUGACACCUCUUCUUCAGGUUUUUGAGAUGCUUUUUGGUCAGAUCUGAUAGGAGGGACUUAUAGGUCAGUGCGGCCUUGUGUGUUUGGAUAUUUUCUAAUAUCCAUUUUAAAGCCCAUUUGUCUAUGUGUGAAUGUAAAAGCCCAGGCUUGCUUUAUUAAGCUUUUAAAAAGUGCUGGGGAAGAAUACAGAUUUAUAAUUGGCAAGAAACUAAACAAGGAUAAAUACCUUACUGCCAAACAGGGAGGGAAUUAGGCAGAUGAUGAGAACUACACAGUUGAGAAUAAGAUAAGAUAAUGAGAACUUUAUUUAUUCCUGAGGGAAAACUCAAUGUAUGUAUGAAAGGAACACCUAAGAUUGAUUAUUUUAAUCAAUACUUACUAUCAUGAUCAUGGUUUAUGAUCAUUAGGUAAGUAUUAGCGAUUAGUAUGUAUAUUUAGGUAUAUUUAUGUGUAUUUUUAAAAUAGGUAUUUUAUACUCUAUUUGGCAUAAUAUGAUACACCUGUAAAUUUUUAAUACUUACACAUCAUAUUUAGUCCUUUUGGUGUCCACAUUGUGUUUUGCUUCAUUAUUUUGUUUUGUGCAAUCCACAUUUAGAUUAUGACCUAAGGUCAGAUGCAUUGUGGAAAAUAACAAAAAUAUGAAGAAGAAGGAAAUAGCAGUGGGGCUUCGAACCACGAGGAUCAGAAUCAAGAGGCACUGCGCUGACCUAUAAGCUCCUCAAAAAUUUGAGGAAGAGGUAUUAUAUAAGCAUAAAUAUAUAAAGAAUAUAGAUAUAUAAGUAAAAUAUGAAGAGAAAAAAUAACAGUCACGCACACAAUCUGAAAAAAAAAACACUGGAUGAAAUGUUGAUGGGAUGUCUUUCACUGGAAAAAGAUUAAAAAUGUUUUGCCUUUGAAAUUUACAUUCAAAACCCUCCUCAGUUGUGCUUCUUGUCAGGUUGUUUUUGUUUAUUCAAUAAUUGAUUGUGUCCUUUUGUCAACAUAAACAGGACAAAUACUGGAGCCACAAUGAGACAACCCCCUAAGAAGCUGGGUCCAUCAGAGCCAUUUUUUGCACUGGCAGCGCCUAUUUUCUCUACAAAACCAAUGCACUUUUGUCAGCUCUCAGCUUCCAAAGCACUGAAAUCCCUCUAUGAGCAGUUUGAUAUAGUGCAAUUUCAGUCAGACUAAUGUGUUGACAUGUAUUUUGAAGGUCCAGUUUUGGUCGCACUCAGGCAAUAAAUUGUUUUUUUGAACAUGUAAAUGAAUGCAUGUCAGCUCCUUCUUGUUUCUGCUCUCAUGGUGAUCAGUUGAAAAUGACUCAUUCAGGAAAAGGCUAGACUUGCUCAGAUAACUUUUCUAUCACUGGCUAAUCAGACCCUGGCAGGACUUGAUUUGGUGUCAGUUUUUCCUAAAACAGUGGUUGAUGAGAAAUGAACCUGGCUCCGUUUUCAGGUCUGCUGCUGGUGCUAGAACGCAAUUCUUGUUCAUUUUAUUUUCAUCUUAUGUAGUGGUACAAUUUUUACAUUUUUGUUACAAAAGCAUUUCAAUGUAAACAUCACUGCUGAAGUGCCGUGAGACAGCUUUCACAAAUCAGCAACAGUUAAUACCACGGUGGAGAAAUGGACACCGCUAAUUCAGAAGACAAUGUCAAUAACCCUAAUAAUCACCGAUAUCUGAAGCUAGAAACUCGAUUUUAAGGACAUCGCUGUUACUUUAUGUUCAUGGUUAUGUUUAUGAAGGUCCACCAUGAGUAUUUCUUAUAGAUUUUGUCAGGGAAUGAAGAAAUGCACAGGGUCACUCUGUUCAUUGACAAGAAAAAUAAGAUCCAGUUUUUCAUAUGCUCUCUGGGUACUUGAAGCCACGAAAACUCAUAACACCCAACUCUGUUAAACUGGCCUCUGGUAUUACUGUCUCCAUUCUUGCGAAAUUAACUUUCAUUUGUGUGUGUAAAAUUUUUGUAGCCUUUUUGUUCAUGUGUCUUAUCAUGUCAAACUGCCUAGUUUCUUGCCAUCUCCCCUAUAGCAGUCUGGACUUUUUAAGUCCUAUCAGUACAGGCUUGAAAUAUCUGUAUCUGGGGGUUGAUGAAUGAAGCCAACCGUUAUUUUGUCCAAAUUUUAAAAUGUUUUCACAGAAUAAAUGUUUCUGAUUGAACUCUAUGCUUGUUUGGAUCUCCUUUGUUGCAGCAUCAAUCUUUAUGCUGAUGACACCUUUCUUUCCUAUCGGUUAUAAAACAGUACCUUAAAAAAAACUGAUCUAAUAGUCUGGAAUGGUAAACUGAAGCAAGUUUAUCAGGAAUUGAACAUUUCAAAUUGAAUUAUUACCUCCGCCAAGGAGGUUAUGUUUUCGGUAGCGUUUGUUGGUUUGUUUGUUUGUUUGUUUGUCUGUUAGCAAAUUUACGGAGAAAGUUAUAGACGGAUUGACCUGAAAUUUUCACCAGAGGUGCGUCUCAGCCCCAGGAGGAUCCCAUUAAAUUUUGGUGGUGAUCCGGAUCACCUUCUGGUUCCAGGAAUUUUUUGAAGGAUUCUUUAUCAUUGUGAGAUAGGGCAAAUUUGGGAAUUUUUGCAUUUAACUCUAUAAAAAUGGCCAGAGUCUUUAGUAAAAAAUUACACAAAAGGAUCUCAAUGAGUUUUAUGAGUUGUCAAAGGUUGAUCCUGAUCCAGACAAAAUUCCGGAUACUGUGAUCCAGAACACACAAAAAUCAGGUUGUCAUUGGAAUUUUCAAUGCUGAAAGAUAACCAAUGGGCGGCACAGUGGUGUAGUGGUUAGCACUGUCACCUCACAGCAAGAAGGUCCUGGGUUCAAAUCUGGGUCAGGGCAUUUCUUGUUUUAGGAACAUUAUGAACAGUGAACAUACCAGUUUAAACACAAAUAAAAGUGAAUAAAAGACACGUAACAGUAAAAGUUUUGGUGUGAAUCACAAUAUAAGGGGGGGACAUGAGCUGCUUGGCAGAGGUCUGCGCUCUCUGAGUGCUUUUCUAGUUUCUAAUGGGAUGAGCUCUUCAAAACAGAAAACACCAUAUUAUUAACUACACAGGAGUCAACAGAUGUCCUGUACAGUCAUCCUGCUUUCAUCGUAUUGCACCACUGGAUGAUAUUUUCCACAUUUGAUUCAUUAACUUCAGGCAGCCUUUCCCUUUUUAAUGCAUUACUUGAAUAUUUGAAGAGUAAUUUAAAGGACAACUAAGUCAUUUUAAUGUAAAGGAGACUGAACUGAUGAUAUACUAAAAACGUUUACAUCCAAUCCCAUAAGAAGUGCUGCAAACCAACUUUGAACAGAGAGAAGCUGGUUGACUGAACUUUCUCAGCUGGAAUUAACUGAAAGAAAACUAAUUGGGAAAAUUUGUGUUUGUUUAGCUUGUUUUUUAUUGUUUUUUUUUUUCUGCUUUAUCAGUUUUUCCAUUUAUAUGCAAUUACUGCUUCACUUUACUCAUUUUUCUUAAAUAACUUGUAAAAAAGUCUUCAUUAAAAACAAUCAACUGUGUAACUUAUAAAGCUACACUUUACAUGAUGCCUUAUUUGAGACCUGGAGUCCAGUAUUCUUGAAGUCCCCUUAAUUUUUGAACAAUGUUCUUAUAGCUUGACAAUAAAAAUCUGUGCUUUACCAACCUAAAAAUAAUGAGUCAAAACUUAUAUUAAAAAAAUUAAAACUCCUCUAAAAUGCAUUAAAAUAAUACUUAAGUCUAAAAGAUGGCUAAAAGGCCAGUAGUCUUUGUGCUGUUCAUUGACUUAACUUUGUGUGUGCAUGUGUGUGUGUGUGUGUGUGUGUGUGUGUGUGUGUGUGUGUGUGUGUGUGUGUGUGUGUGUGUGUGUGUGUGUGUGUGUGUUUUCUGCCUUUCAGUAAUGACAGCUGCUGAACCAGAAUGGGACGUUGUACCUGCCUUUGUGUGUAUUGCUGUUGCCAUCAUCGCCACACUGGUGCUGUCACUGUGUGUAGGGGCAGCGCUCCAUGUGUGAGUACACCUUUCCAGCAAAUCAUAAAAAUACCAAAAACCCCAAAAAGAAGGUGAACUCUGUCUAAACUGUGUUUCUUUUGCAGGAGGAGGUCAAAGCGAGAGAAAAGGCCUGAAUCUCUCCUCGCCAGCUUGUUUGGCAGAAAUUCAAUCUCUUAGGGACGGACAACAGAAAAGACCUGAAGGUGUAAACCUUUGACCUGAGUACUGAAGGGUCUCCGGCAGCAAAUCACACACCAAAACUCCCAAAGGUGCAACAUACUGUAGCCCUCACAUGAUAUUGUUCCGACUGUUGAUCGAUUACUGAAGAUACUUCGCAUUGGGCUGAAUGUUACAGAAACUGCAGUAUUUUAAUGUUACAACAUGUUGUGCUACCUAUUAUAUCUUUUAACCAUUAUCUGAGGUGUAACUUUAAAUGUAACUUUCGAAGAGAAAAUAAUCAUAUCUGGUUGUAAUUUUUUUUAAUAAUCAUUAUUUGCGACUCUUGCCAGCUGACACGUCAGCUUUAUCACUACAAAAGUAUUGCUGACUCUUUGGGGAUAUGUUUUUGAUGUUUUACAGUUUGCCAUGUCACUUGCCAGUGCAGUAAAAGCACAUCUCAACUUGAUUUUGUAAAAUGAAGAAAGGAAGAAACCAUGCCACUUUUCUAUUUCUGUAUAACCUAAAUUUCCAUUGAUCCAUGACUGAAAAACAUUGUAAAACUCUCAAAACGUGUUUGUUGCCUUGUUUACAACAAAUGUGACAACCAAACCUCCCAGUUUGUAUAAUUUAAUUGUCUGAUUUCACAACAGAUGAGGAGUAAAUAAAACAAACUAACAUGGAAA